CCUGACGGCGUGCCGAAGAAGGUCGCCGCCCUGGCCGUCGUCGGCAUGGUGAUGUGGCGCCGCAACUCAAAGGCCCGCCGCUUCAGCUGGUCCAGCCUGCUCGGCGUCCUUCUCUGCUUGGCCACCGUCUCCGGCGGCUUGGUCACCUUCGCUGGCGGCGCCGCGCUUGUUUCAUCCUCAACCGCGCUGCCAGACGUCACUGCGCUUCCGGCGGCCCACAGGGUCAGCGUCGAUGAGAGGUCGAGAGGUGCACACCUCUCGACCUCUGGUCCGCCGAGUCGCGGCAGACGCGGGCACCGCGGCGGAGGCUCCGCGACCCUGACCGUGUCAAUCAUCACCAACAACCGUGAGACGUCGUUGCGGCGGCUCUGCGACUCGCUCCUUGCCGCGGACUAUUCGGCGCUCGGAGACUUUUUCGCACGCGUGGACAUUGUCUUCAACCUCGAGGCGUCCUCUACCACCGGGACCAUCGCGUUUGCUCGCGGUUUCGAGUGGCCGCACGGAUUCAAGCACGUGCGCAAACGGGCCAGGCAGGGCGGACUGAUCUUGGCUGUCUCUGAAAGCUGGUACCCGUCUUCGACCGAGGACUUCGGGUGCCUGCUGGAGGACGACAUCGAGGUGUCCCCGCACUACUUCCGCUUCGUGUCGGAGAUGAUGCUGGCGCUCCAAAGGGAGCCAGACCCGCGCGUGGUAGGCAUAAGCCUGUACUCGCCUCGUCGCACCGAGACGACCAACCCGCCCGAGCCGUUCAACUCGACGGCCCUCAUGAUUGAGGUCAUGGGAGCAGAGCACAAAGAGAGCCCAUAUUUGUUGCAGACGCCGUGCUCAUGGGGGGCCGUUUACUUCCCUAACCACUGGGAGCAGUUCGUCGAUUAUUUGCGGCUGCGCUUUGAUCUCAAGCCCGGCGUCAAGUCGCCCCACGACGUGUUGAUUCCUUCAAGCCGCACCAACGGCUGGAAGGGCAGCUGGAAGAAGUUCCACUUCGAGCUGCUUUACCUCAGGGGGCAAUACCUGGUCUAUCCAAACUACGAGGGCCAGCGCAGCCUCAGCACCAAUCACAUGGAGAAGGGAGAGCACAUCAAGUCUGGCGAUGUCGACCAUAAGCGGCAGGACUUCACCGUGCCGCUCCUGGUCGACGGCGCGCCGCUCCUACAUCUGAGGUCGCUGAAGGUUAGCCAGCUACGCGUGCUGAACCUUUUUGGGAAGCCCUGGUUGCGCGAAGAAGAGCUGAAGCAGAUGCUCGCCGGCAUGGCUAGCGGUGCUUCCUCCGUUGUGCCUGGUGUUCGGCAGCGGCAGCCGUCGCUGUUGGCGGUCGGCGAAGAGCUCAGCAGUGUCAAGGACGAGAUCAUGAUGUCUGCUGCGAGCGGCCGACUAAGGCACUACGGUGUGGUCCAGAACGAUGGCCAGUUCGUCAUCUACCGCGACGACGCUGCGUCCCCCAAUUCGGCCGCACCGAUUUGGAGCACACAGACGUUCGUGGGCGAGGUGAACGGGACGACGUAUGGCUUGACGCUGUCACCAACCGGGUCGCUGGAGCUGUCUCGAAGGUUCCGCAAUGACGUCAAGUCAGACAAGCUUGUGUGGUCCAGCCCUCACGAUCGCACUCGCCGGCAUCCUAGGGGCAGCUACGUCGCCCAGCUCAAGAGCGACGGCUGCCUCGCCGUGUACUGGAAGAGUCCGAAGAACGGAAAGUGCUUGUCCCUCGUUUGGGAAACGGCAACGAAGCGCAGCCGAUACGUGUCGAUGUUGAGCGUCGGAGCGACGCUGAGCAGCGCGUCGGGCGAUGGUAUGGCUUCGAUCAAUGACCGCGGGGACGGGAAGGUGUAUCACGGCGCUGUGCAAAGCGAUGGUCAGUUUGUUGUGAUGAGCGACCACCCAAAUCCGAUUUGGAGCACGAACGGCUACAAGGGCGAAGUGCGAAAUGGAGCACUUGGAGCACUUGCAGCACUUGCAGCGCUUGUGCGAAACGUGGUCUACCACUUCUCGCUGUCGAAGACGGGCUCACUGCGUUUGGAGCAGGUCGACAAGACAACGGGCUGGGUGCUGAGUCUGGUCUGGUCGAGCCCUCCAGAUCGGGUCUCGAGGCCUGCGGGGACCGGCACUUACCAUGCGCGGCUCGAGAGCGACGGGAACCUGGCGGUGUACUGGGCCGAUCGGCGGCGGUCCCGUCGGCGCCGCCACCAUCAAGGCACGUGCCUCUCGCUCGUGUGGCAGUCGAUCCCGAACAAGGUGCAUACGAAAGGGUGUAUAAGGAAGAACUGCGACCUCAGUCUAUCUCGCGAGCACUUCGCGUGCACCUCGUUUCCAGCCGCGGUGCCGGCGCUCUUGCAGGACGCAUCAACCUUUACGCUCUUGAUCAGCACGCACAGCCGGUUCGAGCUACUCUCCGAGCAGCUGUCGUACUACAGCGCGUCGCCGAUGAUCUCGACCAUAGUCGUCACGUGGCACAACAUGAACAUUAAGGCACCGCCCGACGCCCGCGUCAAUGGGACGUAUAUUCGGUUCGAAAGCCCAACCACGGACAGCCUCAACAACCGCUUUCAGCCCUUAGCGUACAUUACGACCGAGGCCGUCUUCAUCCUGGACGACGACAUCAAGCUGCACCUGCAGGACAUGCACAACAUGUUCGCUGCCUGGAAGGAGAACAAGCAGAACCUCGUCGGGGCGUCGCCUCGCUGGGUCGAUGGUGGUUCAUCGGAGCCCGGGUCUGGCGGGCGUGCUUCCGCGCCGCACAACUUGGCCUACUUAACCCAAAGCGAGGCCUCACCGGACAAGUACGAAGGGUACAGCCUGAUGCUGACGAGGACGAUGAUGAUGCAUCGUGACUAUCUUCACCUCUACACGUGCGGCGGCAGCUCGACAGAGCUCGGCCUGCAAGUAGCGAGCCACUUCGACCAGCUUCGAUCGCUCAUCUUGUCGAUCGUCGCGGCCGAAUUCAAUUGCGAGGACAUCGGCAUGAACUUCGUCGUGAACGCGGCGAGGUCCAGCGCCAACCCGCCAGGCGCCGACGCUGCGCCCCUUUUCGUACGGCCGCUGCACAGAAUUGGCGACUUCGGAAAGAUGGGCGACACGGGUCUGCACCAGAAGAAGUCGCAUACAACGGCGCGGACGGACUGCUUGAACCAGAUGAACCGAGCCUUUUGGCAGGCGACUGGCCAAAGCUUGCCUGUUCAGACGAGGGUCAUUGAUGCAAUGCCGUCUAGCCUCAACUCGACGUCGACGGCGCUCAUGCAGAGGCGGUAUUCAGGGCUGAGCGUCCGCCUUCACGACGACUGCAUGACGAUCGAGCGCGGGGUCGACGGGGUCCACAAACAAGGGGGGUGCUCCUGGGAUCUGCCGGCCCAGACGAAGUACAACGCGUAUUACGUUCCUUCCGUGCACUGACGGGCGUAUGAUCUCGAGCGGGGCUGUUGGUGGUGCUCAACAGCACAGAGCUCUUUGGGACCGCGGCUGCAUAGCAUGCGGGUAGGCUCGGCUUCCUGAGUGAGCGCGGGGCGAUGUGCAGGUAAGGUAAGGUAAGGUAAACUUCUCCACACACACACGAGGUGGUGGGGCAGGGGGGGCGACCCUCGCGCACUCUUGUAGCAUGCAGGUUGCAGUCUGCAUGGAUUAGCCUCUGCAUAGACGGGCUGAUUUUACAUUACGUAUUUCUCGAAAAUGGGAUUUAAAAUGCAGAAUGCAGAUGCAGAAUGC